AUGUCCCCCGCCACAAAACGCAAAGCCCCGGACUCCGAUACUCCCAAGACCACGGGGGUCAAGAAGGCCAAAUCGAUAAGCUCCUUCUUCACGUCCACUGCUCCGUCCGCCGGCUCGUCGUCCUCAUCCUCGACGCCGAGCUCCUUCAACAAGGAGAAAUGGCUGUCCAAGUUGACGGAUGAGCAGCGGUCGCUGUUGGAAUUGGAGAUCAACACGAUGCACGAUUCCUGGUUGUCUGUUUUGAAGGAUGAGCUCCUGACGAAGGACUUCUUGGGAUUGAAGCAGUACUUGAAGGGGGAGAAGGAGCGGGGGAAGAAGGUUUAUCCUCCCGAGAGGGAUGUGUAUUCGUGGAGUAGGCAUACGCCUCUUGGGUCUGUGAAGGUUGUUAUACUUGGGCAGGAUCCUUAUCGUAUUUCUCCCCCCCUCCCCCCCCCCCCUUCUUUCCUUUUUUUCUACCUCUGUUGUUGACGAGGUGUGAUACAUAGAUGGAGCGAAUCAAGCUCAUGGUCUCUCCUUCUCCGUUCGCCCUCCAACCCGUGCACCGCCCAGUUUGAAGAAUAUGUACAUCGCGCUGAAAAAGGACUACCCGGACUUUACUCCACCCCCCGGGGGCCUCGGCCUCCUGACACCGUGGGCGGAACGUGGUGUUCUGCUGCUGAACGCGUGUCUGACCGUGCGCGCCUCGGAGCCUAAUAGUCACGCGGGCAGGGGGUGGGAGAAACUCACGCAGAAGGUGAUAGACGUCGUCUCCGCGAGGAGGGGGGUGGUGUUCCUCGCCUGGGGGAAGCCGGCGGAGAAGAGGGUUGCAAAGGUCGACAAGAAGAAGCAUGCCGUUUUGCUCUCUGUGCAUCCCAGUCCGCUUAGCGCUUCUAGAGGUUUCGUGAGUCUUGCUUCGUUAUUCUUUUCCUGUCCGGUGACGGGUGAUGAUGGGUGGAUGGGCGAUGGGGAGCUGAUUGGUGCUUUUCGGGGAAUAGUUUGAUUGCGGACAUUUUAGGAAAGCGAAUGAGUGGUUGGUUGAGCGGUAUGGGGAGGGUGCUGACAUCAAUUGGAGUUUGGAACCCGUGGUGCAGACGGCUGCCGUCGUGGAGAAGAGGAAGGUGGAGGAGGUGGGAGACGAGGAGGUUGGCGAUGAUGAGCGCAAUCGCGAGAUUUCCAGAGUGAAGAAGAAGAGCCGUGCCAGGGAUUCCCUGGGUGAAGUGUUUGAUGAGGACGAGGAAGCCGCGAUGAUUGAGGCUACUCUUGCUGCUGAGGAGUCCUUGGGGUCUUGA